AUGGCACUUGAAGCUCAUGGAGUUGACUACCCUUCAAGCUCUUCUGGCUCAGCCAAGACAUGGAAGUAUCAUGUGUUCUUGGUUUUUCGAGGAGCAGACACUCGUAAAAGCUUUACAGAUCACUUGUAUUGCACUUUACAACGCAAGGGAAUGAUAGCUUUCAGGGAUGAUGAAGAACUUGAGAGGGGACAAGUUAUUAAACCAAGUCUAUUCCAAGCAAUUGAAGAAUCUCUUUCUGCAAUUGUUGUUCUCUCUCCAAACUAUGCUUCUUCCUCCUGGUGCUUGGAAGAGCUCUCAAAGAUUCUUCAUUUUAAAAAAGAGUUGGGUCUUCAUGUAUUUCCAAUCUUUUACGGUGUCGAUCCGUCUGAUAUCGACUUCAAAGAGGAACGGCCUUCCUUGGCGCUCAAAGUGUUGGGUUCAUUUCUUUGCGGAAGAAAUACAUUAGAAUGGAGAGAUGCAAUAGCUAAAUUUAAGAAAGUUCCUCCGAAUGACAUCUUGAAGAUACUUAAAGUUAGUUUUGAUGGAUUGGAAGAUGAUGAGAUCAAAACUAUAUUUUUAGAUAUUGCUUGCUUUUUUAAGGGGAUGAACAAAGAUUAUGUCAUGCAAAUCUUACAAAAAUUAGAUUUACAUCCAAUAAUUGGAAUAAAAGUUCUGGUUGAUAAAUCUUUGAUAAUUAUUGAUCAUCUUCACAAUACUUUAUGGGUUCAUGACAUGCUUGGGGAAAUGGCUAAGAACAUUGUUGUUCAACAAUCAUCCCAUGAUGUUGGCAAACGUAAUAGGAUAUGUUCAUUGGAGGAUGCUAAUCAUGUUCUAGAAAGCAAUACGGGGACAGAAGCAAUUCGAGGCAUCGUGUUAAGAUUAGACAAACCAUGUGUCUCCAAUUGGGAUCCUAAAGCCUUCAUAAAGAUGAGUAAUCUUAGAUUACUUAUCAUAAAAAGUGGUUGGCAACGGCAUGCUGAUCCUGCUGGUUAUUUGAAUCUUCCUCGUGGGCUUAAAUUCUUUCCAAGUACAUUAAAAGUGUUAGAAUGGAAUCGAUGCUGUUUAGAUACUUUCCCAGGUCAAGUUCUUAAACAACCACAGGUUUUAGGAAAGCUUAAGCACCUUGAUUUAAGCCAUUCAAAAUAUCUAAUCAAAACACCAAAUUUUGAUGAAAUCCCUGAUCUUGAAAUAGUCAUUCUUGAAGGUUGUGUAAACCUUGUUGAAGUCCAUUCAUCUCUUGGAUGCCAUAAGAAUCUUGCCACAGUCAAUUUGAGGGGUUGCAAGAGUAUUGAAACUCUACCAAGAAAGUUAGAGAUGAAAUGCCUAAAGACUCUUGUACUCUCAGGCUGUUCAAAAAUCAAACGACUUCCUGAAUUUGGGAAAAGCAUGGAGUGUCUAUCCCAACUUGAUGUGGAGGAGACUGGUAUCACAAAACUACCUCAAUCACUUGUCAAUUUGACUACUCUUGCCGUUUUAAAUCUUAUGGAUUGCAAAAGUCUGGUAUACCUUCCCAAUGUGAUUCAAUAUAUGAAGUCUAUUAGAAUUCUCAAUUUUUCUGGUUGCUCAAAACUUUCAAGUCUUCCAGAGGUUUCGACUGAAAAUGUGACUUUAGAAGCGCUUGAUGCUAGUGGAACUGCUAUCAAGGAAGUGCCUUCCUCAAUUUGUCAGUUGACAAAUUUGAAAUCACUAUCUUUUAGUGGAUGCACUGGACAAGAACAAUCAUCCUCACAAAAUUUCUUUUCCAAUUUUAGUUGGUUCUCUAGGAUUACAAGGCCUUCAAUAUCCACUGGGUUAUUGCUGCCCGCUUCUUUACCAAGUUUAUCAUCAUUAACAAACUUAGAUUUAAGUUAUUGCAAUCUCUGUGAUGAGUCCCUUCCUAAUGAUUUUAAUGCAUUGUCAUCGUUGGAGGUGCUUGAUCUACGUGGAAACAAUUUUGUUAACCUACCUAGUGGCUUUAUCUCUAAUCUUUUAAGUCUCUGGGGCGUUUUCUUAAGUCAUUGUCCAAGGCUUCAGUCAUUGCCACGACUUCCACCAAAUAUAUGUAAGACAGAUGCGGCUGAUUGUCCUUUAGUGACACCUAAACUUGGUCUACAACAGCUGUGGGAAUUGCUUGAACAAUUUGAAGAUAAGGAUGGCUUCAUGUCAAAAUGGUGGUUCUUUUUACAGAUUCCAGGAAGUGAAGUGCCAUCAUGGUUUUUAUAAUCAAAUUACUUCCAUGACAAGACUUCUCGUUUUAAAUCAAAUGUGUCAUUGAUAGCGGAUAUAGAUGAUCAAUGCCUUUCAAGUAAAUGGUGUGGAAUAGCUGUAUGCUUAGUUGUAGAAAGACGUCAUUAUCCACCUCUUAAAAAUUGUUAUAUUGAAGUAUUGGUUUGGGAAUGUGAAUUUCCUUGGCGGUGUGGGGAAGCUUAUUUUGAGUUUGGGCAUAACAGCCAACUCAUUUUAUUAUUCAUUCCAUGCUUUGAUAAGGGAAAACAUCAAUUUUCUUUUAAUAUUGGAGAUCGGCUAAAAAUAAGGAAGUAUGGUUGGCGUGUGGUGUGUAAAGAAGAUGUUGAAGCAUUACGAAGAACAAUGGGUGAAGGAUGCAGUGGCAGCAGUGAUUCAGAUGACUGCCACACUCUUAAUGAUGAUGAUGUGGACAUCCAAACACCUCUUGCUAAACGCCAAAAAUUCGAAUAAAUGGUUUCAGGUUUUUUCUUUGCAAGGAUCUUUGUGAUUGAAUGGUUCUUGAAGUUGGUUCCUGUGAGCUUUUUCUUAUAGUGUUUUUUAAGCUUUAUUUUUCAAGUUGAGCGUGAAUUUUAACUAAACAACAAGAGAUGUUGCCUAUUGAUCAUUUGGUUUAACUACAUCUUUCUAUACUGAACUUGGUUUUGAGGAUUAGCUUCUCAUUACCUUUAAUGUGAUUUAAUGUGGGACUUCUUAAAGUAUAUGGUGUGAUUUGAUGUUUUUUAAAUUAUGC